AUGCAAAAACAUCAAAGUGCAAGUAUAUCGGAUACCUCUAACCAUGCCGAAACAUGCAAUGAAAACGAAAAGCCCGGUAAGGCUUCAGUUACGCCAAGAAACCGCCACACUAUAAACGAUCCCAACCUCACGCCAUAUAACCCUCCUCGACCCGUUGCACCAUUCGCUCCGAGAUCUCGGUUCGUCGAAGAUGAUUUUCCCACAUCCGAUGAAGAAAUCGAAGCAUUGCUCGAAAGCGGGGAACUGCAGGCUUACUUAUACUAUCAAGACGGUUCUCCUACACCCUAUCACCCGUUAAAUAUAAUACAAGCCAAGAAGGCAAAAUCCAAGAAACGAGAUAGAAGGCCGCCAAACGGUGAUCGAGAGCAUGGUGCCUCCAAAAAUAAGAGUACUUUUAAUUUUGUGUUUGAUCCAGGCUGCUUAAAUGAUACAACGGGCUUGUGGAGCGUGGGUGAGAAGAACGGAAUUAAGAAUGGACUUGAGAAGAGUGAGAAAGGUCAUGUUGGAGAAAUAGAUACUAAGAAGAACGAAUGUAAAAGCACAAAUUAG